AUAACAGUUAGUAGUUGAGCCCCGGUAACCAAACCGAACGCUCCUCCUGCUGGUUCGUCUAAAUUUUCGCUUCUUUGUUCUUUUUGUGUCUGGUCCAAACCGUUCGACACGGCUCACUGUGGAGAGAGCGAAAGAAGAGCGCUUACCUCGAAAAGUUUUCUUUGACGAGAAAGAGCGGGUCCAGUUCUACUGCGGAUUGACGGCGAGGUCUUUAACUUAAAGCAGCUCCAAACAAACCUAGAAAACUAGUGAGGUCUUUGCAAAGGGAAAAGUGGAUGAGCAGCUCCUCUGUCAUAUUUCAAAGUUUGUUAGACAGCAGCAGACUGUAAAAGUAUUCAGCAUUACAUAAAAGACGCAAAAAAGGCAUGAAUCCUUAAUGAGAACUCCGGGGAGUGAGCAGACUCUCCAGACUUGUGCACUGCGCAAUAAAGUGGGACUGAGUUCCAGGCAGAAAGCUGGAGAGCAAGACGUAUAUGGACUGAUUGGCUGUGUGGACGCUGCCCUGGUGUGAUGCUCAUUUGGUUCUGUUUGAGUGAAAAUGAAACUUUGGGACAGUUUGUCCCAUUGGACCCGAAUUUGGGACAGUUUAACGGCUUUUGCGGUCAAGCUUUAGCCGUGGACAUUUUUUUUCUUCCUCAAACAAGAGGCAGUUGAUGUCGUCGCAUAUCAGUAUGAAAUGGAUUAUUAUCAGUUUGUUUUCUUGGAAAUAAAUUCAGUUAUAGCUUUGAGAGCGGGAAUAUGCAGCCAGUGAAUAUUGAGUAUUGAUCUUACGUGGAUAUAAAGUGCACAAAUUCUCUUUGCUUUUCCUUGAAAACCCUGGUUCGGGGAAUUCUCUCUGCGGGUCACAGUGCGCUCAGAGCUCAAAGAAGAGACGCGGAUGUUCGCUUGGGCGCAGCGUGCAGCGCCGCUGCACAUGGAGCGCUCGGGGCGGCCGCCGCUGAUGUUGCUCGGUCUGCUACUCCAAAUCUGUUCCGCCGUUACCACUGAUCGCAUGAACUCCGACCGGUACGCGGUCUACUGGAACAGCUCCAACCCUAGGUUUUUUCAGGGUGAUUACACAGUGGAGGUGGCAAUCAAUGACUACCUGGAUAUCUACUGUCCUCACUACGAGGCGGCGGAGUCAGCCGUGCACAUGGAGCAUUAUGUGUUGUACAUGGUGAACUAUGACGGAUACAUGUCCUGCGACCACCACAGAAAAGGUUUUAAACGCUGGGAAUGUAACAGACCACAGAGCCCCAAUGGGCCACUCAAGUUCUCUGAGAAGUUUCAGCUCUUUACACCCUUUAGCCUGGGCUUCGAGUUCAGGCCAGGACAUGAGUACUACUAUAUCUCAUCACCGCAUCCAAACUUGGGUAGGAAGCCUUGUCUGAAGCUAAAAAUCUACGUCAAGCCAACAAAUGAUUCAGUGUACGACUCUGCAGAGCCCUUCCUGACUGACGAUACCACUGGUGGCUGCAGCCUUGCUUUGCCGUCUGCCAUGUUGCUCACCCUCCUUCUCAUACUCCUCAUCUCCUAUUCAUAGCAGCUUUCUGAGUCAGACCAAGCACCGCCCCACCGCCGCUACUACUCUGAAGAAAACUUGAUGAAGGAAACUAAUGUAGCUUCCUCUUACUGAACUUUGGCCUUUACCUCAAUAAUACUCAAAGGCUCGAACAAUCAGAGGAGGCAAGAACAGUGGUGGGGGGAGCUUGAGGCUGCAUAUCAACUCUGUGUGGAAUUUCUGGGAUCAUCCCUGCUCUUCUUUUAAUGUUUCUGUCAAGCUGUCAUAUAAAAUUGUGUUACAGAUCCACAAGUCAAGGCUUUAAAGGAUCUCAUGUUAACAUUUCCAGGUUCCAUCUCUGAAUAUUGGUGCAUAAUGCUUUAUUUUUAAAAACUGUGAGGAUGAUUUAUUGUGUUUACAUCCAACAGCCGCUUCCUGAGUUUUAGACAUUGACUGAGAUUUAUAUCCUGCUUAAGACACUAGAGAUCUUGUCCUGGUGCAUGGUCAAUAGUCCAAGUAAAUACAAGGUCAUAAUGACCAAAACUAGCAAUAUUGCCUUACAAUGAGCCAUGACCUCAGUUUCACAAUCAACCAUUGAUCAGUGGCAUAAGUAUCAAUCACAGCUAGCUAGGAAAAGGCUGCAAAGAGAGCAAUACAAGAUGGUGAAAGAUGUGCUCUUAGGUCUCUUCCUCAGUUGAGCAAUGGUCGCUCACUUUUCACUUUUCAAUGUCCUUGACUACCUGCUCAAGUCUUCCUCUUUGUCCAGGAUGUGCUCAUCCUAGUCUGUCUAGUUCAAUGAAACUGUGCACCUACCCUUGUUGCCACAAUGGUGAUUCUAUCUUUACAGAAUAACACGUGUGUCUUCCUCUUCUUCGUGCUUGUAUUGGAUGUUGGGGGCUUUGCAUUUCUGAGGCAGGCUGCAACUUUCAUCUGAAGUUGCCAACCACAAAAAUUGUUUCACGAUGCAUAUUUUAUCCCUGUUAUUAGUUACACUAGCUGGAUUUGUCUUGCCGUGAAAGCUCAACUCUUUCUUAAGAAUGGCUUUCCCUGCUUGAGAGAGUUGUCUGUCAGAUACAUUCAUCACCCACUAGUCAAAGUGCUUGGUGUGAAUUUAGCAUACAUCUGUCCGUUUCCACCAUGCAGCAAGUAGCUCAGACUUCUGCUGUCUCAUCUGUGACUAUUCAUGCUGUUCUCAUCUAGAAGCUCUCGGUUCCUGGGUUUUGCCUAUUGUGCCUAACUUUUAUAUGAAUGAAAUGGAGAAGAGCUCUGAUAUCCUAUCUUGGAACACCGCUGAGCCUUUGGUCCAGAUAUAAAUGACAAUCUGGUGGACAAACACAUCAAGUUCAUCAGUCUAGAUAUAAAAACGUUACAGGCAAUCAUUGUCAGACUGUGAAAUUACUAAUCCAUACCCAUGCAUACCGAUCAGUAGUACAAGUUUGACUUUGUUUAUCCGCAUGACCACAAUAUGGGUGUCAUCAGGACAGUACAAUAGAGCAAACAUUUUCCCAUACACACAGUGGCCAGGGAAGCUGAAGAACAUCAUAACAAAGAGACCCUGCAUAGAUUUGUUUUUUGUGAUUUGGUGCUAUGGAAUAAAAUAUAACUGAAUUGAUUGUCCCAGUGGAGCAUUUGUCAAAGCUGGCAACAUGCUGACCAAACAAAAACCACUGAUGAACUGGUGUUUGUUAGGAUUGGACAGCUUUUCUUCUUAUUUAUUUAUUUAUUUUCACCAUUGUGAAAUCAAACUCUAAAACAUAAUACACCAAAAACGAAACAACCAUUGCUGAACCAAGGAGGGGGCAUAAGAGUAUGUCUUUCACCAUAUUAAAACGCUGUGAUUGCAGCAAUUUCCCAGCUCCGUGGUAGUACUCGUCUGCUUUGAUCAGUGGUAAUGGCAGUUUUCAUAUUAAUGGUGGUACUUGUUUUUGUCAUGUAACUGCACUGUUUAAAGGUUGGGGAAGCCUACAGUUAGCGCAGACUGAAGAAGUCAUUUGUGUUGCAAGGUUUCUUCCACUGAAAACCAUGUGUAGAGAUCAAAAGAAUAAAGUUCCUGGCACUAAAUAUCUUAA